UGGAAUUCUCUAAACAGCAUAAAACAAACAUGUGAAAGAAGUAUCUGAAACGAAACCGCGCAACACAAUGAAUGUAAUGUUCGUAUUUACGUGUUGGUGGUUUGUUUUUAUUUUUCACCUUUUGGGGCGAGAUGUUUUUGCAGCAAAAAGCAAAGAUUUCAACGUUUUGUAUUUAAUUGCUGACGAUCUGAGACCAUCUUUAGGCUGUUAUUCUGAUCCAGUGGUCAAAUCACCGAACAUCGAUCAGCUUGCAUCUUUGAGCGUAGUGUUUCAUAACGCAUAUGCCCAGCAAGCUGUUUGUGGACCUAGUAGAGUGUCUUUCCUAACAAGUCGAAGACCAGACACCACAAAACUCUACGAUUUCAACUCAUACUGGAGAGUUCAUGCUGGAAACUACACCACACUACCUCAAUACUUCAAGUCUAAUGGAUACACCACUUUAUCAGUGGGCAAAGUCUUCCAUCCUGGCAUUGCCUCCAACCACUCGGAUGAUUACCCGUACAGCUGGUCUGUACCGCCGUAUCAUCCACCCUCUUUUGAAUAUGAAAAGAGGAAGGUUUGCAAAGAUAAAGACGGCACGUUGCACAGUAACCUGCUGUGUCCCGUGAACGUGUCUGAAAUGCCUCUAGGAACCCUUCCUGACAUGGAGAACACAGAGGAGGCCAUUCGACUCUUGCGCUCUAUGAAGGGCUCACAAAAACCAUUCUUCCUGGCUGUCGGCUUCUAUAAACCUCAUAUUCCUUUCAGAAUCCCACAGGAGUAUCUAAAGCUCUAUCCUAUUGAGAAUAUGACGCUAGCUCCAGAUCCAGAUGUGCCUAAGAAACUUCCUGAUGUGGCCUACAACCCCUGGACCGACAUCCGCAAGAGGGAAGACGUGCAGGCGUUAAAUCUGAGCUUCCCUUAUGGCCCAAUUCCUAAAGAUUUUCAGUUGAGGAUCCGCCAGCACUACUUUGCCUCUGUGUCAUAUGUAGAUGCUCAAGUCGGAAAGAUUCUACAAACCCUUGAUGAUGUCGGCUUGGCCAAGAACACUAUAGUGGUGCUCAGCUCAGAUCACGGUUGGUCAUUAGGAGAGCAUGGUGAAUGGGCCAAAUACAGCAACUUUGAUGUGGCCACCCGAGUACCAUUGAUGGUGUAUAAGGCAGGAGUGAGCUCCCGUCGCUCUCGGACCGGGGCGAAGACGUUUCCCUUCAUCGAUGUGUUUCAGGACACACGGGAGCACUUUGGCAAAGGUAAGAUUGUAAACAGUGUGGUGGAGUUGCUGGAUGUUUUCCCCACCCUGGCGAAUCUGGCCGGUCUCCCUUCUGUUCACCACUGCCCCUCUCCGUCCUUCAAGAUGGAUUUGUGCACCGAGGGCUCAAACCUGGCUAAUCUGAUCCGAAACCCCAAACAUCUCAACAGAGAAGCAUACUCAUUCAGCCAGUAUCCACGACCCUCAGACUCCAUUCAGGAGAACUCCGACCUCCCAAACCUUGCCGAUAUCAGAAUUAUGGGUUACUCUAUUCGCUCUAAUGAUUACCGUUAUACUUUAUGGGUGGGUUUUGACCCUCUGCACUGCAAGCCCAACAUGACGGAGAUCCAUGCAGGUGAACUGUACAUCCUGACUGAAGACCCGGGACAAGAUAAUAACCUGUUUGAUGAAUUUGGACACGCAGCACUUUUGAAUAAGUUUGGAACGAUGCCUUCGUGGACGGAGAGUCUGAAGCAGCAUAUGAUGUAUUUCAGCAGUGGAUGGAAAUCAAAGGGGCUUUCGUGAUUCUGGGUUGCAGUAAUGAAGAGAAAAUGAAUGAAUGUUACAAUCUUCGGUUGGACAAUAACAAAAGGAGAUUUAAAGCAUAUUGUUAGGUUACUGCUAUAUUUAUAUUUUUGUAGUAAUAAAUUAUUAAAAGUAUGUGUUAUCAUGGUUAAAUUUAUGACUUUAAUGUAUUAAUUUAAAUAAAAUUGUAUUGAUUGAAAUAAAAAAAA